AUGAACCACGAUGAUGCGAUGUGGAAUGUCAUGGGACAGACCUUCUGCUCCUUCAAAGUCAAGACGCACGACGACAAGGUCCGCUUCUGCCGCAACCCAUACAAUGUAACGGGUCUAUGCCAGCGUGGUGUGUGCCCGCUCUCCAACGCGCAGUACGCGACCAUCAUCGAGCACGACGACGAGCUCUACUUGUACAUUAAAACCGCCGAGCGUGCCCACCUGCCGCGCCGGCAGUGGGAGAAGGUGCGCCUCGACUCUAGCUUCCCCCGUGCACUCGCGCAGAUUGACGAGGAACUGCAGUGGUGGGACCAGAAACUCGUGAACAAGGUCAAGGCGCGGCUUCUGCGGUUGAAGCAGUACCUGAUGCGAAGGCGCAAGAUGCUGAUGGAGCCGAAGGUGGAGUAUGUCUCGGUGAAUAAGCGACAGGAGGACAAGCUGCUGCGCCGCGAGGAGAAGGCGGAGGCCGCCGCCCGCCUCGAGCUGGAGGUUGAGAAGGAGCUCCUGGAGAGGCUGCGCAACGGCACGUACGAUAGCGUCAUGAACUGCAGCCGCGAGGCGUUUGAGCGCGUGCUCGACCAAGAGGAGGACCGCGCGGAGUUCGAUGCGUUAGAGGACGAGGAAGACGAGGAGUACCCGGAGUUCGUCAUGGACGAGGAGGACGACGAGGAGGAUGAGGAGGAGACGGUGCGGGCAGCGGAUAAGGGGCGCGGCAGCGGGCGCAAAGCGCGGCGGCAGCGACUAAUCAUCGAGGAGGAGGUCGAGCACGAGCAGGCGCAGAAGCGCAGCCGUGUCGACGACAUGGACUGGUGA